AAAAAAAGAAUAAAUCCCAUCCUUCAGCUUUAAAAAAAAGAAGAAUUUCUUGUGAAGAAUUCACGAAUGCUUCAGCGUAUGGAUGGCAUGAAAAAUUAUGUACAGAAUUUCUUUUAGUGUCCUGAGGAAAAUCGGGAUAAGACCUUCUCGAAAAUUUGAGAUAUAACCGACAGCUUUCCAGCACCAUCCAUUCACCUAAGCAAAAUUCUGUGCUCCACCUUCAAAAUUCUCUCCUCGUUUCAGGAAGGUGAAAUCAUUAAUAGAAAACAUCGCACUUUCCUUUGUACACGAAUUUCCUCAAUAAUAACGUAAAUGGGAGACGACGAUGACUAUGCUGGGCCAAAGACUCGACCGCCCUUGUGGCAGCCUCAGAUUCCUCGACUCCCUCUGGGAUCAUGCGGGAAAUCCGGUUCGAACCCUUCCCCAGAAAAGACGAACAAUCCGUACCCGUGUCCGAGGAAAUUCUACGACAUUCGAAAGCCAGAUGAUUUGCUUGGUCGUGAAGAAAGCGGUGCGUCAAAGAAAUCUUCGGCGAGAUCAGCGCUUUUGCUCGGCGACACGCUUUUCAAGCGAUUCGAUGUUCCCUUGCACCAAACAACGCAGCCUGAGAAAGAUGAUGAGAGUGACAUCUGGCUAUUGAAGCAAAUGCACUUCAAUAUGAGUUACGCUGAUACGUACAUAGAGCUUUCUGCUAGCAAGGUCUUCGCCGUGGAGUACUUCGAUCGUGGGAUCAGCCUGACUUGCAUUUUAAUUUAUUGCAUCUGUGCCGGGUUUCUUGUUCAGAAGGUAGAGGAAAUCAGGAACAAAUUCGUCAUCAGCUUCAGCAAUGGCUACAUGUGGCCAGCAAAUUUCUUGUGGUGGAACUCUGUUCAGUUCACCAACUACAUGCUCAUCGCACAUUGCUUCGGCAUCCUUCAAAUCCUCAUUUUCCCCGUCAUCCGUCGUCUCUACUACAUAAUGUUCAGCUUGUCCUUUGUGGCCCUGUUGUGUGCCUACCUGCAGAAGCACGGAUGCUGGGCUUUGUGCCCUGGCCUCAUGUGGGCCGGAUUCAUAAUCACGCUAAUGUCUGCCGGAAGACCCAACAUCAGUAAUCGAAUGGGAGAUCCAUUAGCAGACGUGCUUUUCUUUGGAGUGUUCCUUAUGCUGAUGAUUCAGGCCAUAUGCGCCAAGGACGAGGAUAUGCAGAAGUGUCUCUUGCUUCUGCUGCUGGGGUUCGCGUAUGCGGGGCCCAUGGGUAACUGGGGAUGGUUCAAUUUCAGAAUAGUUAUUUGGACGAUAUGCUUGUAUUACGCAAUUCCGAUUCUGGAGGACACUUUCAGUCCUAAAGGAGGACCUCAUACCCCCAAGACCAUGAUUGCAUACGUCAAGGAGGAUUGGAGAAAAAUGAUUCCACACAUCAUGGCUCUUCCAAUAUCGACUGGUUGUCCCCUGAAGCAAUGUGAACCUGGGCUGUUCGAUUUGUUCGCUGGACAGGGAUUUGGGUUCAUGGAGGAUGACGAGGAUGAGAAAAAGAAAGGUUGGAAAACCUUAUUCAGCCUUGAAGCUUGGGACAUAGAAUUGCCUCCCAGUUUCGACGACUUCCUCUUCUGGCUCUUCGUCAUCCUGAUGGUCAUUUUCGAUUUGUACUGUUUGUUUGUGAUGGAGGACAAAGUUGAACUGCCUGACCUACGCAGUUCGAAACCAUGCAUUCCAUAUGAGUUGACCGAGAAGAAGGACUUCAAGAUACGUUGCUGACAUACUAAAAUUCCGGAAGCGACGUUCAAAAACGUCCUUUUCUAUUUAAUUUCUGUCGUAGUUUUUCAUAGCUAAGCAAAGCUAUCGUAAUUUUUCAUACUGAAUUGAUUUCCUCCUAGAAUAUUCUCAUUCAUAAUGUGUGCCGAAGAAUUAAAAUUCUGGAAUUCAGCACGCAGUCGUGAUUGUUCCACGCGAUUGAUAAAACGAUCCAUGGUGGUCGACACCUUGUA